GUCCCCAGGAUCUGACGUGGGCUCGACACCUUUCUCAGCUUCUCCCUCCCGCAGCUCUAGUGCCCGAGCUUCGGCUCUCCAGGUUCCGCAACCCCCUCCCCUCCCCACCAAGCCCCGCUAGAGCACAGUAGGGACCCUCCCGAUCCUCGACCCCACCCCAGACCUCCAGAAGCUAUCUUGCCUCUCCCCAGUCCCCCAGCUUGGGAUCCAGCUAGCUCGGUGGACCCAGGCGCCCGAGCGAGAGGGUAACCCAGGCGACCCAGCCCCUUCGGCCUUCUCGGUCCCACCCCCUGCAGCCGGAGCCGCGCCCCCUCUCCCAAAGACCUGAUAGCAGAGGAUAGAGGAGAUUGGGCAAGGAGGGGCGGGAUCCAGGCGACCCCCAGCUCAAUUCUGCCCCUCCAUCCCAAGGGGCAGAGAAAUUGUCUUCCUUGCUAACUGCUAGCGGGGGGUGGGGGGGGGGAGAAAAUUAAAGGGAAAAAUAAGAGGAGACAGAGGAAAGGUGACAGCUAGAUUAUUUAGAAGAGGCGCAGAGGAGAGAAAUCGGUGUGAGUCGCCAUGGGGACUCCCAGGGCCCAGCACCCGCCGCCUCCCCAGCUGCUGUUCCUAAUUCUGCUGAGCUGUCCCUGGAUUCAGGGUCUGCCCCUGAAGGAAGAAGAGGCACUGCCAGAGCCUGGAAGUGAGGCCCCCACAGCAGCCUCUGAGGCUUUGGCCGAGCUUCUCCAUGGGGCCCUGCUGAGGAGGGGUCCAGAGAUGGGCUACCUGCCGGGAUCUGAUCCAGACCCCACACUAGCCACCCCUCCAGCCGGCCAGACUCUUGCAGCGCCCUCCCUGCCACGGGCCACUGAGCCAGGGACAGGGCCUCUGACAACAGCUGUAACCCCUAAAGGGGGCAGGGGGGCCGGCCCCACCGCACCAGAGCUGCUGACCCCGCCCCCGGAAACUACGGCCCCGCCCCUUCCUGGCCCCGCCUCCCCAGGCCCGCCCCUCGGGCCUGAGGGAGGAGAGGAGGAGACCACGACCACGAUCAUCACCACGACAACUGUUACCACCACGGUGACCAGCCCAGUUCUGUGUAAUAACAACAUCUCGGAGGGCGAAGGGCACGUGGAGUCUCCAGAUUUGGGGAGUGCCGCCAGCCGCACCGCGGGGCUCCUGGACUGCACAUACAGCAUCCACGUCUACCCCGGCUACGGCAUCGAGAUCCAGGUGCAGACGCUGAACCUAUCUCGGGAAGAAGAACUCCUGGUGCUGGCUGGUGGGGGGUCCCCAGGCCUGGCCCCCCGACUCCUUGCUAACUCCUCCAUGCUGGGAGAAGGACAGGUCCUUCGGAGUCCAACCAACCGGCUGCUCCUGCACUUCCAGAGCCCACGGGUCCCCAGGGGCGGUGGCUUCCGGAUCCACUAUCAGGCCUACCUCCUGAGCUGCGGCUUCCCUCCCCGGCCAGCCCAUGGGGAUGUGAGCGUGACUGACCUGCACCCUGGGGGCACUGCCACCUUCCACUGUGAUUCAGGCUACCAGCUGCAGGGUGAGGAGACCCUUAUCUGCCUCAACGGCACCCGGCCAGCCUGGAGCGGUGAACCCCCCAGCUGCAUGGCAUCCUGUGGUGGCACCAUCCACAAUGCUACUCUGGGCCGCAUUGUGUCCCCUGAGCCUGGGGGAGCGGCAGGGCCCAACCUCACCUGCCGUUGGGUCAUCGAAGCAGCUGAGGGGCGCCGGCUUCACCUGCACUUCGAGAGGGUCUCACUGGAUGAGGACAAUGACCGGCUGAUGGUGCGCUCAGGCGGGAGUCCCCUCUCCCCAGUCAUCUAUGACUCGGACAUGGAUGACGUCCCAGAGCGGGGUCUCAUCAGUGAUGCCCAGUCCCUCUACGUGGAGCUGCUUUCAGAGACACCUGCCAAUCCCCUGCUGCUAAGCCUCCGAUUUGAAGCCUUUGAAGAAGAUCGCUGCUUCGCUCCCUUCCUGGCACACGGCAAUGUCACCACUACGGACCCUGAGUACCGCCCAGGGGCACUGGCCACCUUCUCGUGCCUCCCAGGAUAUGCCCUGGAGCCCCCUGGCCCCCCAAAUGCCAUCGAAUGUGUGGAUCCCACAGAACCCCACUGGAACGACACAGAGCCAGCCUGCAAGGCCAUGUGUGGAGGGGAGCUGUCAGAGGCGGCUGGUGUGGUCCUCUCUCCCGACUGGCCCCAGAGCUAUAGCCCCGGCCAGGACUGUGUGUGGGGCCUGCACGUCCAGGAAGAGAAGCGCAUCUUGCUCCAAGUUGAGAUCCUGAAUGUGCGUGAAGGGGACAUGCUGACAUUGUUCGACGGGGACGGUCCCAGCGCCCGAGUCCUGGCCCAGCUGCAGGGACCUCAACCGCGCCGCCGCCUCCUCUCCUCUGGGCCUGACCUCACGCUACAGUUCCAGGCACCGCCAGGGCCCCCAAACCCGGGCCUGGGGCAGGGUUUCGUGUUGCAUUUCAAAGAGGUCCCGAGGAACGACACGUGCCCGGAGCUGCCACCUCCGGAGUGGGGCUGGAGGACGGCCUCCCACGGGGACCUGAUCCGGGGCACGGUGCUUACUUACCAGUGCGAGCCUGGCUACGAGCUGCUCGGCUCCGACAUCCUCACCUGCCAGUGGGACCUGUCCUGGAGCGCGGCGCCGCCCGCCUGCCAAAAGAUCAUGACUUGCGCCGACCCUGGUGAGAUCACCAACGGGCACCGUACCACCUCAGACGCUGGCUUCCCUGUGGGCUCUCACGUCCAGUACCGCUGUCUGCCGGGGUACAGCCUGGAGGGGGCGGCCGUGCUCACCUGCUACAGCCGGGACACGGGCACACCCAAGUGGAGCGACCGGGUCCCCAAGUGUGCCUUGAAGUAUGAGCCGUGCCUGAACCCAGGGGUGCCAGAGAACGGCUAUCAGACGUUGUACAAGCAUCACUACCAGGCCGGCGAGUCUCUGCGCUUCUUCUGCUACGAAGGCUUUGAGCUCAUCGGCGAGGUCACCAUCACCUGUGUGCCCGGCCACCCCUCCCAGUGGACCAGCCAGCCCCCACUCUGCAAAGUGGCCUAUGAGGAGCUCCUGGACAACCGAAAACUGGAAGUGACCCAGACCACAGACCCGUCGCGGCAGCUGGAGGGUGGGAACCUCGCCUUGGCCAUCCUGCUGCCCCUAGGCCUGGUCAUUGUCCUCGGCAGUGGCGUUUACAUAUACUACACCAACCCCUCUAUCUCCUCCCUCUCCCAGACUACAGGGAAAAUCCCUCUUCGGCUUCUCGGGCUCCCAUUCCUACAGCCCCAUCACUGUGGAGUCAGACUUCAGCAACCCACUGUAUGAAGCUGGGGAUACACGGGAGUAUGAAGUUUCCAUCUGAACCCCAAGACUAAGGCUGCAGGACCCAGGACGCCCUUCCCCUCCCCACUCUGGGCAGGGAGGAGUACAGGACCUCAUCUCUGGCUCCUUUCCUCCCUGCUGUGUAAAUAGUCUCCUGGUCCCACGAGGGGGCUUUGACGGCCCCGGGACCCUACAGUAAAUAAACCAGCAUCCUGCCGCCCAAGCCUCCUCUUCUCAGUUGCCAAACAAGGGGCCUGCCCCUCCCCUCCCGCCCUUCUGGCUUUUGGACCCUGGGAGGGGAACUCAGCCCCUCUGCAACUCCUGGGGCCCCUCCGGCCCAGGGCACCGCCCCCCCCCCCCAAGGACUGCCUGAGAGUUCUGCUAUUCCCUUGGCCCUGAAGGCUCUUCCCAGUUGCUCUGGCCACAGGCCUCACCCCUGGGCUCCGGAGGGUCAGAAGAGGGAUGAGGGGGAAAGCAGGAACAAGGCCCCCUACCCGCUUCAUGCCAUCACCCAGCCCACCAUCUCCCCACCUUUGCUUCUGGAUUUUUGGUUUUGAGCAAUAAACAGAAAACCACCAUU